UCUAAGCAGCUUUGGUUUAGCUCUGUCAUUUUUUGAUCACCAAAAAAUUCAGAAACUAUAAAUUGAAUUCCUGCCUAACCUCCCACCAUGGCCAAUCUCUACAACGAACUGAAAACCGAGUGGAGCAAGUAUGCUCCAAAUCUGGAACACUGUGCCACCUUGCUGGAUGGAUUCAAGCUGGAGUUAGUGCGCUCUAACUUUGGCUCGCCGCAGGCAUCGUCCAGUUCAAAGCAGAAGGAGCAGCUGGUUCGUUACCGGGAGAUGCUGGAGAUCGCCGUGGAGCACAGCAUUGCCACCAAGGACUAUGCUGCCUUUGAGCGGUACAUGGCCCAGCUGAAUACCUAUUAUUUCGACUAUGACAAGGUCCUGGUGCCGUCGGUGCACAUGCACAAGUUCAUGGGCCUAAAUCUGCUCUACAUGCUGGCCACCAAUCGGAUUGCAGAUUUCCACAUUGAACUCGAACGUCUGCCGAUGGCUCUGCUGACCAACAAUAAUUUCAUCAAGCCGGUGUUGAACCUGGAGAACUACUUCAUGGAGGGCAGAUACAACAAGAUUCUGCAGGCCAAGAAGUCGCUGCCGGCGGAGAUAUACACAAAUUUCAUGAACAUGCUGGUGGACACUGCUCGCGAUGAGAUAGCAUCCUGCUUGGAGAAGUCCUACGACAAGAUAGCACCCAAACUGGCUGCCCAGCGGCUGGGUUUUCGUACUGGCAGCAAGGAGCUCUCGGACCUGGCCGAACGGCGUCUCUGGAAUGUAGACGAUGCAGGGAACUAUGACUUUGCCGGACUCAAUAUCAGGCAGGUGGAGAAGGUCUCGGCGAAGGAUAUAGCCAGUUGUAAUCUAUCCUAUGCCCAGGAGUUGGAGAAAAUCGUUUGAGCAGUGGAUAGAAAUAGCUCUCCCCCCGAUAUUGUUAUAUUUAAUCCACUCAAGCAGAAAAUAAUGUCCGAAAUUUACACAUUCAUUGGAAGAAAUUCAGUAAAGCGGCAACCGGAAAUUUGUCAGAUUUAAUUUUUCA